AUGCGUCUCUAUUUUCUUCACAAACCCCUUGAACCCUAUUCGCAGAUCCUCGUCGAUCGCGGCGGGCAACGGCUGCAGCUCCUGCGUGACCUUCGUGGCGAAGGCCGUGAGCAGCGCCUUGACGGAGGUGACGUAGUUGCGGCGGGCGCGGGUGGUGAGAAGAUUUUUGGCUUUUUGCACUUCGUUAUUCAAAAAGUCCUGAAGGCAUUGGAUGGUCUCCUUUUCCAAUCUUGGGGCCACUUCUUCAAUGAAAUGUCUGGUUUCCCUGAGGACAUUAUAAAACAUUGUUUUUCUUAG